AUGACCCCCCGGGCCGCCUCUCUCCUCAGCCAGAGAGAUGGCAGGGACACCUGGGGCAAAAAGGUGGAUUUCCUUCUGUCCGUGGUAGGAUUUGCGGUCGAUCUGGGCAACGUCUGGCGCUUUCCCUACAUCUGCUACCAGAAUGGAGGUGGAGCAUUUCUCCUCCCCUACCUGCUGAUGGCUGUCCUUGGAGGGGUGCCCCUUUUCUACAUGGAGCUGGCUCUGGGGCAAUUCCACCGGGUUGGAGCCAUCCCCAUCUGGAAGAACAUCUGCCCCAUCUUUAAAGGCGUCGGUUUCGCCAUCUGCAUUAUCAACCUGUAUGUGGCGUUCCACUACAACACCAUCAUCGCUUGGGCCCUCUGCUAUUUCUACUCCUCCUUCACACCCACCCUGCCCUGGGCCAGCUGCAGCAACCCCUGGAACACCCCCAGCUGCGUCAGCUACUUUGAUGCCAGCAACGUGUCCUGGACGAACCACUCCAAGUCACCCGCUGAGGAGUUUUACAUGAGGCAGGUCCUGCAGGUGCAGGGUUCACGUGGUCUGUCUGACGUGGGCAAGAUCCGUUGGCAGCUGCUGCUCUGCCUGUUCCUCAUCUUCACCAUUGUCUACUUCAGCCUCUGGAAGGGGGUCAAGACUUCUGGGAAGGUGGUUUGGGUGACGGCCACUCUGCCGUACGUCGUCUUGUUCAUCCUGCUGAUCCGUGGCGCAACGCUCCCAGGGGCUUGGAGAGGAAUUGUCUUCUACCUGCGACCCGACUGGGAGAAGCUCGGGAGCGUGGCCGUGUGGGUCGAUGCAGCUGCCCAGAUCUUCUUCUCCCUGGGGCCCGGAUUUGGAGUCCUCCUUGCGUUAGCCAGUUACAACCCGUUCAACAACAACUGUUACCGAGAUGCCAUCCUAACCAGCCUGGCCAACUGCUUCACCAGCUUCCUCUCGGGAUUUGUCAUUUUCACCGUCCUGGGCUAUAUGGCUGAAAUGCGGGACAUGGAAGUCGCAGAUGUAGCAAAAGACAAAGGGCCCAGCCUCCUCUUCAUCACUUACCCAGAAGCCCUUGCCAACAUGACCGGAUCCUCCUUUUUUGCCAUCCUCUUCUUCCUCAUGAUGAUUAUGCUGGGACUGGACAGCACUUUCGGGGGCCUGGAAGCUGUGAUCACAGCCCUGAUGGACGAAUAUCCCCGAGCCCUGGGUGAGCACCGUCAGCUGUUCGUGCUCGGACUCACCGCCGUCUGCUUCCUGGGCUCCCUCGCCACGCUGACCAAUGGAGGCCCCUACAUUGUGAAACUCCUGGAAGAGUUUGGUGCUGGUUGCUCCAUCGUAGCUGUGGUGCUCCUGGAAGCCGUUGCCGUCUCCUGGUUCUAUGAUAAGGAGAGACAUGCUUUCUGCAGUGACGUGAAGGCCAUGCUCGGUUUUCGGCCAGGGAUGUACUGGCAAGUGUGUUGGAGAGUUGUCAGCCCAGCCACCUUAGCAUUCAUUCUCAUCAGCUCCCUCCUGGACCAGCCGCCCCUUGUGCUGUUUGGCUAUGAGUAUCCUGCGUGGAGCAUCAGGCUGGGACACCUGAUUGGAAUGUCAUCUUUCCUUUGCAUUCCUGCCUACAUGGUGUACAAGCUUGUCUGGACCCCUGGAUCGCUGAAGCAGCGCCUCGCCCUGUGCCUUCGGCCAGAGAAGAUUGCACGGGAGCUGUCCCUGGAGAUGGUGGAUGUGCCAGCCUCCCUUUAA